AUGGCGUCGAAGCUAAUGGAAGAAGUCCAGAAGAAACUAGCGACGUUGAAUUACCCGAGGGCCAACGCCCCGGCUCAGUCGCUCCUCUUCGCCGGCAUGGAGCGAUACGCACUCCUCGAGUGGCUCUUCUUCAAAUUAUUGGGCGACAAGUCUCCAUUUUCGCAGCAGAAUUUGCAAGGAGAUGCUGUGGAUCGAGACGAAGAGACAUCGAGGAUACAAUAUUUGGCUGAGAUUGCAAAGUUUCUUGGCAUUACAGCUACUAUUGACACUGAAGCCAUACAAGGUCGAGGGAGUUAUGAGGAUCGUACUGAAAUGCUACGACUUAUUGUUGAUCUUGUGGAAGCAAGCAUCUAUGCUGAUAAUCCUGAGUGGAGUGUAGACGAGCAAGUGGCCAGAGACAUUCAGCUAAUUGAUGCCAUUGCUGAGAAACAAGCUCAGAUUUUUUCAGAAGAGUGCAAGUUGUUUCCUGCCGAUGUCCAGAUCCAAUCUAUAUACCCCUUGCCAGAUAUAUCUGAUUUGGAAAAGCAACUCUCAGAUCAGUCAAACAGGCUUCAAAAUCUUCAAGAGAUGGUUGAUGAUCUAGCAUCCAAGCAUCCAUAUAAUCCAGAUGAAGAUUACGUGGAAGUCGAAGCACGCUUGCGAGCACAUCUAGAAUCUUUUCUUGAAACCGCAAGAUCUUUCAAUACAAUCUACACCAAGGAAAUUCGUCCUUGGACUCAUAUGAUGGAGGUUCCACAACUUCAUGGUUUUGGUCCAGCUGCAAAUAGAUUGUUGGAAGCAUAUAAAAUGCUGUUGAAGUUUCUAGGGAACUUGAAGAACCUUCGGGAUUCACAUGCAGCAGUAGCCGUUGGAUCUUCUGAAACAGUAGCUGGCGAGCCAUCUUCAGUCAUGAGAAUAAUUUCCGAGUGUGAAACUGCGUUAACAUUUCUGAAUCGAGAUUUGGGAAUUCUUUCUGCAUCUAUUGCUCGUGAAAAGGGAGAGGCAGCAUCUCUGUAA